GGCCCUCGUGUGUUUCCGCUGUUUCUUGUUUCAGUAUGAUAUAUUCUCAAUUGACUCACUUAAGUUUCCACUCAGAUACUAUUAAAAAUAAUGUUACAAUUUCUCGCUCAAAUACAGCGACCGCAGGUGAACACUGUUGGAGGGAAAGUGAGGCUCUUAAAAGGAUGGUUCGCGUGGGAGUGUCACGUGACCCAGCUAUAGUUUCAACUGAUUUUUUUUUUGUUGCAGUAAUAAUGCAACGUUAUUGAACGCCCACUCAAAUGACCAGACGCUCUUCAUUUCAAAUGUUAUUUAUAUUUCAACUUUAGGGUCGAAUGACAACCGUAAACAAACGAGCGUUGUUGGGAAAUGACGUCACAAAGUACGGACUACUGUCAGUGUCUGCGCCUGUCACGUGACCCAGCUGCUUUGUCUGUCAAAAAACAAAAAAACAAAACAAAUAUAAGAACGUGAGUGGCGACUAUGCGGUCACUCAUCGGACUUGUGUCCGUGGUCGUCGCUGCAACUGUGUACCUAUAUUCACUGUCUCUGUACUUGCCCCCCGGACCGCCGAGACCCGCUCAGACCUCAGCCGAGACCCAACAUGCCGCCGCCGGAGCAGAAGGGUCCGAAGUGUCCGCUGAGAGAACCGAGGACACAAGAAGCAGGUUGAAAUUUCCAUCUGACUUGGAGGAUCUGCGAGAGCUGUCCGAGCUUCUUCAAUUCUACAAGACGGAGCACACGGCCUACGUACUGCUGCUCUUCUGCAGCGCUUACCUCUACAAGCAGUCUUUCGCCAUCCCCGGAUCCUCCUUCCUGAACAUCUUAGCGGGAGCCAUAUUUGGCCUGUACUGGGGUUUGCUGCUAGCCUGUGUGCUCACCACGGUGGGGUCCACCGCCUGCUACCUCCUGUCCCAGGCCUUUGGGAAAUCCUACAUUGUCAGACUCUUCCCAGAUAAGGUGGCCAUGCUCCAGAGUAAGGUGGAGGACAACAAGGACUGCUUGUUCUUCUUCCUUCUCUUCUUGAGGUUCUUCCCCAUGACGCCCAACUGGUUCCUCAACAUGUGCGCCCCUGUCGUCAACAUCCCCGUCACUUUCUUCUUCUGCUCCGUCUUCAUCGGUCUGCUGCCCUACAACUUCAUCUGUGUGCAGACGGGCGUCAUGUUGGCAGAAGUCUCAUCUCUGGACCACUUGUUCUCCUGGCAGCGCCUCGCCCAGCUUUUGGCCACAGCGUGCGCGGCGCUGCUGCCCGGUGCCCUCAUCCGCCGUUACGGUCAGCGGUGCCUCAGGGGGACUGCCUCGCACCAGCCCAAUGGACUCCCCGACAACAAGAACGUCCACUGAAACACUACAUGGGUAGUUCUUUGGGACUACUGGACCCACUGUCAGUCAACUUGGUCUAUACAAGAAAAUAUACAGGGAGGGACAACUUUCGGCUGUUACAAACAUCUACCUCACAGCGGUAUUGAAACUCUCCUGCUUUUGAGAACACUGGCUUGAAAGGGAAGCACCUUAUUUAGAACUAAGUACAAAAUAGCAUUUGUAAAUUUUGAAUACAACUUAAAAGUUGAAAUGAACAAUCUCGAGUCAAACACACAACUUGCCAAAGUCAGGUGGGAUAAGCUCAAGAUCACCCCGCGACCUGAAUAAAGACGAGCGCU